CAGGAGAAAACACGUUACUGUAGGUAGGAAAUGACGUUACCAGAUCUCGCAAAUAUCUAUGGUUUCUUCCUUGCAUUCAUGUGACGUGGCCAAGAAGGACGAGGGGAGGAAAUUUCGAGUUCGUUGCUGUAAGAGUGGCGAUCUAGCAAAGCGAAAGAGACCAUUCGGUCCAAGCAUUUAAAAAUACAGGACUAACAAUGGUGACGGACGUACAACUAGCGAUUUUCGCCAACAUGCUUGGCGUCUCUCUCUUCCUGCUGGUGGUUUUGUACCACUACGUGGCUGUCAACAAUCCCAAGAAACUGGAGUGAAUGAGAAAAUUUACCAACUGAUUUGGAAGGGUGAAGGAGGAGACCAUUCCCAGCGUGUGACGACACUUUGCCGUAAUGCAACGCAUGCACUGUCUGAAGCCGCCUGUAAAUGAUUCUUUUGUAAGAAAUAUGUUGUGAAUAAACGUAUUCCAUGGA